UCUCUCUAUCCUUUCAUCUGCUUUAGCACUUCUUUGCCUCUGUAUAUCUCCCCUGUUCCAGCUUUGUUUUUACUCUGCCUUCUACAGCUUUUUUCUCUCUCUUUUUCUGAAAAAUCUCGCAAUGGCUAGCACUGAAUCCAAGUUUCCUCAGAACCCACCUCCGAAAACACAAAAGAUUGUUCUUGGAGCCCAAAUUGGCUUGAGAAUUUUGGUAAUUGGGACUGCAUUGGCUGCAACAUGGGUGAUGCUCACUUGCAGGCAAUCGACAGAGAUUAUUGGCAUGACCUUUGAUGCUCGAUAUAGCUACUCCUCUACUUUCAAGUUCUUUGCUUUUGCAAACGCUGUUGCAUGUUCCUUCGCUCUGCUGUCCUUGCUCUUUGUCUUCUUUUUCUGUCGCCAAGGCCUAAACCCUUCCAACUACUACUACUUGUUCCUACAUGAUUUGUUUAUGACGUUGUUGGUUCUUGCCGGAUGCGCGGCCGCAACUGCUGAAGGGUUCAUCGGACGGUAUGGGAACAGCCAUGCGGGUUGGACUCCAAUUUGUGAUAACUUUGGCAAAUUCUGUAACCAAAUGACAACUUCUGUCAUACUCUCUUACUUGUCCCUCUCCUUCUUACUCACGCUUACUAUCACCUCUGCUAGCAAGUCUAGACAGAUUCAGGUUUCGAACUCCUUGAUUUAGCUGUAUGUAUCCAAGGAAGUAUAAGAAUAAGAAAAAGAUGAUGAUGGAGGACAUAUAUAUAUAAUCUGUAUGAUUCUGUUUUCAUUACAA